GCAGAGGAUCCUCAGACUGCUGCAGCCAUGGACCUGCUGCCAGCUCUCUGCCUCUGUCUGCUCAUCUGCUCCGGAGCUGCGUUCAGCCAUCAGACCGGGUCAGAGGUCAUCAGGAAGAUCGUCAAAGAAGACCAAGAUGCUCUUUUAUCUUGUGCUCUGGAUGGUAGAAAUAUUGCAGAAGACGUGUUCGACUGGAAGACAGACGGCAGCAGCGGGCAUGAGGUGUUUGUCUACGAUAGAGGCAGAUCCGACGGAGACCGCCUUCCGGGUCAGGAUGAUCACUUUAAAGAUCGGGUGUUUCAUUUCCCCGAGCAGCUGGCAGUCGGUAACGCCUCCAUAGUGAUCACAAAAACCCAGGUGACAGAUAGCGGGAAUUACACCUGCUAUUUUCCCUUUCAUGAGCCCCGAAGACGAGCCCAGUAUGAGCUGAUUGUUGAGUAUCUCUUAAUACCCAGAAAAAUCCCAGGAGCAGCUCAACAACCCUUCAUAGCUUUUGAAAAAACAAAUGAUAGAGUUCUGCUCCAGUGUGACGUUGAAGGAGCUUUUCCUAAACCCAGAGUGGAGUGGAGGGACAGUUCUGGAAACGUUCUUCCUGCUGAAGCAACGUUCACACAGAAAGACAAGAGCUUUGAGGUUUCCCUUCAAGCUACUGUGACCAAGAGCGGAAAAUAUCAGUGUGUAGCGACACAGGAGGAAAUCCACAAUGAAGUCUUCACUGAGAUAUAUGUGGCAGUUCCUGGAGCAGCUUCAGAGCCGUACAUUACAAACCUCAAACAAGUUGAAGACAGAGCUCUGCUGCAGUGUUUGGUCAAAGGAGCUUCUCCUAAACCUGCAGUUUUCUGGAAAGAUGAUUCUGGAAACAUCAUCAAGUCUGAAGAACCUGAAGUGACAGAAAGAGGAGGAAGCUACGACAUCGUCCUCCAAACCACUGUAACAAAGACUGACUACUAUCACUGUGAAGUGACUCAGAAGGACAUCAACCAUCGAGUUUCUGCUAAAAUCCACGUGUUUAUUGAAGUUUCAGACUCUCUUCCCAUCGGUUGGAUUGUUCUGGGAGCUGUUGUUGUUCUUGUUGGUGCUGUUGCUGCGAUUCUUUUCCACAACGGAUCCAGAUGUAAUAAAGGUUCAAGAUCAAAGACGAGACGCUCUGAGAAUUCACGACAGCUCCCUGGUGAACAGUUUACAGGAACAGAAGCAGAAGCUUUCACUCCUUAACACACACACACGCACGCACACACACCCUUUUUUAGACUUUUAGCAAUUUUUUUAGCAGAAUUUAAGUUGGUUUUCUGUUGUUGUUUGUGCCUUUUUUUCUGAUAAAAAAUUGAGAUUUUUCUAUUUUUCAUUCCAGAGAAUCAAACAUUAACAGUUUUUGUGUUUUCUUGUGAACUGCUGGAAGUUUUUCUUGUUUCAGUCUUGGUGGAGUCAGAAGCUGUUUAAAGGAUUUCAUGAAACAAGACUCUGACUUUUAAAGAUGAUCAGUUCAGAGGAUUGUGGGAAGUGUGGAAAGUUCAGCUGCUGCAGAAAGAAGUGAAGCUCAGAUCAGUGAGGACUGAAGACACUGAUGGAUCCUGAGCUCACAUCACUGCAGGACGUCUUCCUCUCCUUCCUCAUCCUCACGUCGGCUUCAGCCUGAUUCACUGUGAUGGUUUUUACUUGAAUAACAGCAGGAUGUGUGUGUGCUGUCCUCUCUGGGAUGUGUGUAUCAGCUGCUUCCCAGUUAGAAUCAGAGGUGAUCCAGAGGUUUGUGAAGCAGAACUGAAGCUUUCUGCUCCUCCUCUGAGGAUGAUUGUCAGCUGAAUGUUCUAGAAAGAGUUGAUGGAAACAACAAACUCAUCUCAGGGUAAUAAACUCCUUAAAGCAGCUCUGUGUGUUCAGCAUCAGACUUUCACUCGUUUUCUGUUGGAAAUGUAGACAGAGCAGCUGUUUCACUGUGUUUUUAAUUGAAUUUAACAUCAUUGAUUUAUUCCUUCCUUCCUACGACAAACAUGAGGAUAUUUCUGAAGUGUUGAACAGACCUGGAGAGGGAAAGAUGGAGGCACAGUAUUCCCUCCACUGUCACAAAAAACAGGAAUCCUAAAGAGAGAAGGAGCCCAAACUCAGUUCAACAUGUGAGCUGAUCCAUUGUGUUAAUAUUCUGCAGGAAUGUUCAGGAUAUUCAGCUUUGGGGUGAAACUACAAGAUGAAUCUGAAAUGCUCUGUAAUUUCUAGAUUAACUUCAUGUAAACUUGAAUUUGUUUUUGAUUCAGUUUUCGGUUUAUUUUCCGUUAUAUUUUUCUUCUUUACUCAUUUAUAUUUUGGGUUUGACUGGGCUCAGAGUGUGGAGUUUCACAUGAAUGUAUUUCAAAAUAAUGAAUGAAUGAAUCCUUGAAUUUAUGAGUCAAACUGUCCAAAUGUCACAUCAGGUGUUUGAUUCAUUAAUAGAUCAAUAAACGUCUAACUUCAUUUUUUAAACCUAAAUUUGUCUUUAAAAAGUCAUCCUCAUGCUGUUCAU